AUGGAUGAGUGAGUGGGAGGAUUCUUGGGGAAUCGGGGACCGUCGUUGGUCUCGUCGAGACGGAGAGUGAGACAAAAGAAGAAGAGACGAUGAUACGAAGAUUCUCCGAGAGAGCUUCUGUCUUCGCUAACAACUGGAUUCUCAAAUCUUCGGCGUCGCGAUUCCACGGCGAGUCCCUCGAUUCCUCCGUCUCCCCCGUUCUCAUUCCCGGCGUCCAUGUCUUCCACUGUCAGGAUGCUGUUGGAAUUGUAGCAAAACUAUCAGAUUGUAUUGCAGCCAAAGGCGGAAACAUUCUUGGCUACGAUGUUUUCGUUCCAGAGAACAAAAACGUCUUUUACUCAAGGAGCGAGUUUAUAUUUGAUCCGGUAAAAUGGCCGAGAAACCAAGUGGAUAAAGAUUUUCAAAAUAUUGCGAAAACAUUCGGUGCCAUGAACUCGGUUGUGCGUGUGCCUUCUAUAGAUCCCAAGUAUAAGAUAGCUCUUCUACUUUCAAAACAGGACCAUUGUCUUGUCGAAAUGUUGCAUAAAUGGCAGGACGGAAAACUCCCUGUGGAUAUAACCUGUGUGAUAAGUAAUCAUGAAAGAGCUUCAAACACUCAUAUUAUGCGGUUUCUUGAAAGGCAUGGCAUUCCGUAUCAUUAUGUAUCGACUACAAAAGAGAAUAAAAGAGAAGAUGAGAUCUUGGAAUUGGUCAAAGAAACUGAUUUCUUAGUUCUCGCUAGAUACAUGCAGAUUCUGUCGGGUAACUUCUUGAAAGGUUAUGGAAAGGAUGUAAUUAACAUCCACCAUGGUCUCUUGCCAUCAUUCAAGGGCGGAAAUCCAGCGAAACAGGCGUUUGAUGCAGGCGUGAAGCUAAUUGGAGCAACGAGUCACUUUGUUACAGAGGAACUUGAUUCAGGGCCUAUCAUUGAACAAAUGGUUGAGAGUGUUUCCCACCGGGACAAUCUAAGGAGCUUUGUUCAGAAAUCUGAGGACCUUGAGAAAAAAUGCCUCACAAAAGCUAUAAAAUCAUAUUGCGAACUAAGGGUAUUACCCUAUGGCACAAACAAGACUGUUGUAUUCUAAUAAAGCAAGCAAGGACUACGAUUCUCAUCUGAUUUUUUUUGUACCAACAACUCAAAAGAAGGUUAUAAUAAUUCUCUGGAAGAUUUCUGAUUCA